AUGUCACAAGCAACAGUGCCGAACGCGCCUCCGCUCAACGGAUCUGUGCUACUCGAGCUCGAUUUCACAUCCUUCGAGCCAUGCUGGCUCAAUCUCCGUCCAAAUUCAGAAGAGUGCGAGGGCAGCGGCGAUAACAGUCUACCAUUCAGCAUCGAUAACACACGAGGUAGCCUGGCGACUCUCGGGCUUCCACAGCCGUCCGCCACAAAGACGGGAGGAAGGGCCUCGGCCCCUUCAGACCCGAAGCAAGGACACAACGGGUUGAGCACGGGUGCUAGUGUGGCCAUCGGCGUCGGGGCCACGGUUGUUGUACUGGCGCUCAUCGGUGGCAUUUUUGCUCUCGUAUGGCUUCAGCGGAAGAAGCGCAAUCAGGAAAAGGUGAGGCAGUCAUACAACCAUGCAGGAGGGCUAUGGCGGCGCUCAGAGAAGCCUCAGCCGUUGCUCGCGCUUGAGCCUCGGUCGCUCACGCAUUCAAGCCGGUCGUCCCUCCAGCAGCUGCACGGUCUCCCUACCUCUUUCGUCGCACCAGGCAUGACCUUUUCCACCACGCCGGACUCCGCCACACAUAUCAUGAGCGGCGCCCGCCAGUCGCGAGUAGGACACAACGCAGUUGUAGCGCCUCAGGAUGAGCAUCGACAGCUAAUCCCUGCGAUGCAUGAGGGCGCUCCACUAUCGGCGAGCAUGUAUCAACCCACUCCAGUCGGGUUCUAUGCGUCUAGAAAGGAGCCCAGCAGGAACCAUAUUCGGGAUAGGGAGGUCAGCAAUGAGCCUGUCGAGUAUCCUGGACGAGACGCCAGCAUGGAUCUGACCACUUCUGCCGUCAUGCACCCAUAUGAGCCAACAGAACUACCCGGAAAGGAGAGUCAUCGAGGAUAUGGAGAAGAGUAUGAGCUCUCGAUUCCACAGCACCCGCGCCCAUUCCAACCAAGUGGCCACGAAGUGCAGGAGCAGAAGUUUCUCCUUGACGAUGUCGAGCUCCGAGAAAUGAAGCAACAGGCACGGCUCAAACAAGGACGCUAA